AUGGAUACCGCCGUUCACUCCGGUGGCAACAAGGUCGCAAGCCAACUUUUCGAUCUCUACGCCCGGGAUAAAGCCACCGGAAAGAUGGUCUUGAAGGGCAGCAAGCAUCAGAAGCUGCCACAAGCCAUGACAAAUCUCAAUUGGCGAGCUCGUAGCGACAACGCCAACUCGACAUCACAUUCCUCGGCGGAAAGCGGCCACUUCCAUCGCUAUGCACUCAGGCUUGCCAACAACGAAGCGGGAACCGCUGGCAAGGAGUGCCUGCUACGCGAGGAGAGCGACAGUCUGGACGAUAUUAUCGACUUGACUGAAGUCUGCAGAGUUAUGAAUGAGCAGAUACUUCGAGAUUCGACAACAAUGAGGGGCCGUGGCACUAGUCCUGCCUUGUACGGUGUAGAAUCUGAGAGCAGCGAGAAUGCCCAUGUUGGCCACUUGAAGGGCCUUGCAUCGCGACCACUCCCACCCCCCAAGAGGCGGACCUACCAUGGCGUACAGCUCUCGGACGACGACCCGGUCCCCGAUCGGCAUUUUAUGAUGUUGCCGAACUCGGCCAUGUGGUCCCAGAGGGCGGCUAGAGACAACCAGAACGAUCCGUGGCCUAAUGCCGGCGCCGACACCGGCGGCAAGACUGUGCCCAAAGCAUCCAUUUUGCCUGACACGAACUCGACCGGCCAGAAGGAGAGGCAAUUCGUGAAGUUGAUCGAGAGGCUCAACAGCCGUGCCUGCAAUACGGGACCACUUGAGAAGACGUUGACGAAGCAAAGGAAAUCGAGGCAGGAGACGCUUGGGUCGAUGUCGGACGGUGCCGACCAAGGCUCUGCCGAUACCGAUGCCCAGGCCCAUCGAUCAGCGCCGAGCUCUGCCAGAAACGGUGACGAAUUCGACAGCGGCUAUGCGACCGCUUCGGUACCGGAUGAAUGUGUUCAUGAUUCGGCCCGUCACCUUCAGCCAACCAUCGGCGACGCGGAAGCCAAAGGAGCGUCUCGUGAUGGCAAGCCAACGGUCAAGGCGGCCAAGGACUCGAAUCAGUCGACGAAUACGAAGCCGUCUCCUAAAAACAAUACCCGCCACUCUCCACGCAGCGUGCCAAAAAUCUCCAGCAAGGCCUUCGCGGCCAAACCAUUGCAGCCGGCGAAGUUGAAUGGCGGCAUUAACUACCACAGGUUGAGCGCGGGCUCCGACCAGGCUCAUGAAGGGUUCGUCUCCGAACAUUGGAAGACGAUGAAUCCCAAGGCUCGAGAAUUUCUCUCGUGGCAGCUCGACCAGGAGGAGGCGGCGGCCAGCCAGCCAAUGUGCCAUCAUCAACCUCCCUUUGGCUACCACACGGCAUCGUCACCAUCCGUCUGCGGCAUCUAUGGGAUGCCGGACCUUCGCCUCAUGGUGCCUAUUCACAUCGGCUGGGGUGGUCUCCCAUCUCCGUUCCACACCUGCGUCUCCUGCGCCCCUGCACCACCCAUCAUCCUCCCACAGCUCGGCGUUCAGCCGGUGGGACUCUAUGGGGCCGGCGCGGCGGCCCACACCCCACCAGUGAUGCCCUUUUCGUUCCACCCUGUACCUGGUCAGCCAAUGGCCUUUGCCCCGGGCCCGAUGCUUGACGCGCCGCAAACGACCCGCUAUGCAUCGGCGGCCCCGGUGCCAAAGCCUAGGGUUCCGAAUGCCGGUCAGCAGCAGGCAUACGAGGCGUACAUCGAGCAGCAAAAAGCGAUAGUGCCCGGCUACGCCAUGGAAUGCAGGCUCCGACAGCAGCGACGUGCCAAGCGAGACUUCACCACACCAAGACUUGCCCCUCAAGGCUGCGUUGGUGUCUAG